ACAGAGGCAGCAUGUGUUGACAGAAGAGGAGAUAAAGCAGAUGACCCCUGACCUGAGGAGCUCACUGGUCAGACUGAGGGGUGGGCUCAGCUCAGCCUCACUGCUCCUGCUUCACAGCUCUGUGGUUUCACUGUGCUCGUCUCUCUGCUGAGAACAUGUCGUCUGUCUCUGUUCCUCCACCAAAAUGCCUGCAAAAACCCCUGGUGGUUCCUCAUCGCUACAUGUUUGGACCAGGACCUUCCAACGUCCCACCACGGAUCUUGAAGGCUGGGGCCAAUCCUGUCAUUGGACACAUGCAUCCAGAGAUAUUUGAGAUAAUGAGUGACAUCAAAAGUGGGAUCCAGUACAUGUUCCAGACUCAGAACAGCAUGACCUUUGCUGUGAGCGGCACCGGCCACGCUGCUAUGGAGUGUGCCAUCUUCAACACCGUGGAGGGGGGGGAAAGCGUGCUGAGUGCAGUCAACGGUAUAUGGGGAGAGCGAGCAGCGGAAAUGGCAGAGCGGAUAGGUGCCACAGUAAAUACCAUAGUGGCGCCCCCUGGAGGCUUCCUCACUAAUGCAGACAUUGAGCAGGCCUUAUCAAAACACCGGCCAGUGGUGUUCUUCCUCGCACAUGGAGAAUCUUCCACAGGAGUCCUGCAUCCUUUGGAUGGCAUCGCUGAGCUGUGCCAUAAGUAUAACUGCUUGUUUCUUGUGGACUCUGUGGCUUCAAUGGGAGGGACCCCUCUGCACAUGGACCAGCAAGGUUACAUAUUCAAUCCUGGAAUAGAUAUCCUAUACACUGGCUCCCAGAAGGUUUUGAAUGCUCCUCCGGGUACAGCUCCAAUCUCCUUUAGUGAGAGAGCAUGCCAGAAAAUAUUCAGCCGCAGGACAAAGCCUGUGUCAUUCUUCUUGGAUUUGGGUUGGCUUGCAAACUACUGGGGAUGUGAUGGCAAGCCGUCCAGACUAUAUCACCACACAGGCCCAGUCACUGCGUUCUACUCUCUGAGGGAGAGUCUGGCUGUCCUUGCCGAAGAGGGUCUGGAGAAUUCAUGGGAAAGACAUCAUAAAGUGGCAGAGUAUUUCCACCAGGGCCUGGAGAGCAUGGGACUCAAACUCUUCGUCAAAGAAAAAAAAGCAAGACUGCCUACAGUUACCACCAUUGUUGCUCCGCAUGGAUAUGACUGGAAAGAGAUCACAACCUAUAUCAUGAAAACCCAUAAUUUAGAGAUUUCUGGGGGGCUUGGACCAUCAGCUGGCUUGGUGCUACGUGUUGGACUGAUGGGAUGCAACAGCAGCAAGGACAAUGUUGACAUGGUUCUGGCGGCACUGGGAGACGCUCUUAAACACUGCCACAAGAGCAAAGUGUGACAUGUUGCUGUUGGAUGCUGUAAAGAUAAUCAAGGAAGAAACUGUGUAAUAAACCCCUAUUCUCAGGA